CUAAUAAGACAACAACUUCAGGUUUUGUUGAUCAUUCAAAAAAAAAAAAGAAAAAUUGAAAAAUCAGUCCAAACAAAUACUAAUUUAAGUUGAAUAAUUGUUGAAACUCUAAUAUUGAAGAACAAAGUGAAGUAUAAAGUAUAAGUAUACAUGUAAACCCUAAAUCCUAGAGGUUUUAUACCGUUGAACUGACUCUCUACUCUCACUAGUUAACUCACCCUUGUCUCACCCUCACAAUCUCUCUUCUACCCGCCGACCAGCAGCCGCUAAUCAGCAUCUCCGCGCACGCGGCACAUAGCCGCCGCACACAAAAGAAUUGCUCUCCUGUCAAUUGGUAACAUAUGGCAGGCAAGUCAAAUAAAGCGAGGAACCGGAAGGGAUCACAUACUCCUGCAAAUUCUUCCCAGGUGCCUCUGUCAUCAAAUGCUUCUGCAAAUGAUAUCCCAAAUGCUUGUGCAAAUGAUACCCCAAAUGUUUCUGCAAAUGAUACCCCAAAUGUUUCUGCAAAUGAUACCCCAAAUGCUUCUGCAAAUGAUACCCCAAAUGCUUCUGCAAAUGAUACCCCAAAUGCCAUUGACGCUGCAAAAUCUGAAGCUAAUGGGAUAGAUACAAGUGGAGAGUUAACUAGCACUGCAUCUGAGGUCAAUGUGGCAGAGCCCUCAAACUCAAUAAACCCACCCAGGCAAGGUGAACUUCAUCUCUACCCUGUUUCUGUCAAGACCCUUGGUGGUGAGAAGCUGGAAUUGCAAUUGAACCCCGGAGAUUCCGUGAUGGAUGUGCGGCAGUUUCUUCUUGAUGCACCUGAAACAUGUUUUUUUACAUGUUAUGAUUUGUUAUUGCAUGCAAAAGAUGGCGCAGUUCAUCAUCUUGAGGACUACAAUGAAAUUUCUGAAGUUGCAGACAUCACUGCGGGUGAUUGCUCCCUGGAAAUGGUUUCAGCUUUCUAUGAUGAUAGAUCUGUGAGGGCCCAUGUGCACCGCACAAGGGAAUUGCUUUCCCUUUCAACCCUUCAUGCAUCACUUUCAACAUCUCUUGCUCUACAGCAUGAGACAUCACAUAGCUCUUCUGAGAGUGUCCAAGAUUCAAUUAAAGCAGAAGUUCCAGAAGUGGAUGGUUUUGGUUUUAUGGAAGAUGUUACUGGCUCUCUUAAUAAAUUGUCCUCUUCCUCCUCAAAGGAGAUCAAGUGUGUUGAAAGCAUAGUGUUCUCAUCAUUCAACCCUCCUCCAAGUCAUAGAAGGCUUGUUGGAGACUUACUUUAUUUGGAUGUGACAACUCUGGAGGGUGGCAAGUUUUGCAUCACGGGAACGACAAGAAUGUUUUAUGUUAAUUCAAGUACUGGAAACAGCUUAGAUCCCAGACCAUCCAAAGGUGCUGUUGAGGCAACUACUCUUAUUGGACUCUUGCAAAGAAUUAGCUCAAAGUUUAAGAAAGCGUUUCGGGAAAUUUUGGACCAGAAGGCUUCUGCACAUCCGUUUGAAAAUGUUCAAUCUUUGUUACCUCCGAAUUCAUGGCUUGGUCCAUAUCCUCUACCUGAGCACAAACGUGAUGCAGCUAGGGCUGAAAAUGCAGUAACACUGACAUAUGGAAGUGAGCUAAUUGGCAUGCAAAGGGAUUGGAAUGAGGAAUUGCAGUCUUGUCGCGAGUUUCCGCAUUCAACUCCCCAAGAAAGGAUAUUACGUGACAGAGCUUUAUAUAAAGUGACUUCUGACUUUGUUGAUGCGGCUACAGAUGGUGCCAUUGGAGUCAUUAACAGAUGUAUACCUCCAAUCAAUCCGACUGAUCCUGAAUGCUUUCAUAUGUAUGUGCACAACAAUAUAUUUUUCAGUUUUGCUGUUGACGCGGACCUUGAGCAGCUGCCACGGAAACAUAUUCAAAAUAUGAAUAAGCCUAACGUUUUGGACAUCCGACAAGAUUCCAAUGAGAAACCUCUAGGAAAAACUUCUGAUCGAGCAGCUGAUAUAUGCAACGGGGUUGAAGCAAAUGCCUUGAAGAAAGAGGAUACAAAUGGUGAUGUUGUCACUGAUGUAUCUGCUGAAAUUCAAUUGGCUGAUAGUGAACAAGCUACAUAUGCUUCUGCAAAUAAUGAUUUAAAAGGCACCAAGGCAUACCAGGAAGCUGAUGUUCAGGGGCUAUAUAACCUGGCUAUGGCUAUAAUUGACUACAGGGGUCAUAGAGUGGUUGCACAGAGUGUUUUACCUGGCAUCCUUCAAGGAGAUAAAUCAGACUCCCUUUUGUAUGGUUCUGUAGACAAUGGCAAAAAGAUAUGCUGGAAUGAGAUAUUUCAUCGCAAGGUUCUGGAGGCUGCAAAAUGUCUCCACUUGAAGGAGCAUACUGUCCUUGAUGAGUCUGGCAAUGAGUUCAAACUAGCUGCACCUGUGGAAUGCAAGGGUAUUGUUGGCAGUGAUGACAGGCAUUACCUCCUGGAUUUGAUGAGGGUCACUCCUCGUGAUGCUAAUUAUACUGGUGCAGGGUCUCGCUUUUGUAUAUUGAGGCCUGAACUUAUACGAGCUUUCUGUCAAGCUGAAGCUGCAAAAAGACCCAAUAAUAAAUCAAAGAUUGAGGAAAAUGAAAGUUUGGCUUCUGAAACAUCACAUAGUUCGAACACAGACAUGCAAUCUGUUAGUGACUCAAAUACUGCUGUUGCUUUGCACAGCCAAGAUGAUAUUACUGAAGAAACAACAACAGACCCUGUUGAAGAGGUUCUGUGUUCUGGUACUGAAUUGGAAACAUGUGAACAGAUAUCCUUCAACCCAAAUGUAUUUACAGAGUUUAAGUUGGCUGGAUCACCCCAAGAGAUAGCAUCGGAUGAAGAUAAUGUGCAGAAAGCAAGCUCUUAUCUCACGGAUAUUGUGCUGCCAAAGUUCAUACAGGAUCUUUGCACACUUGAGGUGUCACCUAUGGAUGGUCAAACAUUAACUGAAGCACUUCAUGCCCAUGGAAUCAAUGUUCGGUAUAUUGGAAAAGUGGCUGAAGGAACCAGACAUAUGCCGCAUCUUUGGGAUCUUUGCACUAAUGAGAUUGCAGUAAGGGCUGCAAAACACUUGCUCAAGGAUAUUGUGAGAGAUACAGAUGACCAUGAGCUUGGACCGUCAGUUACACAUUUUUUCAAUUGUUUCUUUGGCAAUUCUCAAGUUGUUUCAGAAAAGAGCAGCGGUAGCAAUUUUCUACGUCGAUCUCAAAAAAAGGAGCAGAGUUCACAUCAAAAGUCUGUUAAGGGGAAAUACAGGUCAAAAAAUGAAUCAUCUCUGAAAAAGAGUUCACCAUUGUACAUGGGCAUGAGUGCUGAUGGAUUAUGGUCUGACAUCUUGGAAUUUGCGAAAAUCAAAUAUCAGUUUGAUCUGCCAGAUGAUGCGAGAACAAGUGUGAAAAAAGUUUCAGUUAUUCGCAAUCUCUGUCAAAAGGUUGGGAUAAGUCUUGCAGCUCGUAAAUAUGAUCUUACUGAUGCAAGACCGUUUCAAACAUCAGACAUCAUGAAUCUCCAGCCUGUUGUGAAGCAUUCGAUUCCAGUAUGUUCGGAAGCCAGGGAUCUUGUUGAGACUGGGAAGGUCCAGUUGGCCGAAGGUAUGCUUGGGGAGGCAUAUACAGCGUUUUCAGAGGCAUUUUCUAUACUGCAGCAGGUGACUGGUCCAAUGCAUAGAGAGGUGGCUAACUGCUGUAGGUACCUUGCCAUGGUGCUUUAUCAUGCUGGGGACAUGGCUGGAGCAAUAAUGCAGCAGCACAAAGAACUAAUCAUAAAUGAGCGUUGCCUUGGUUUGGACCACCCUGAUACUGCUCACAGUUAUGGAAACAUGGCUCUUUUCUAUCAUGGACUUAACCAAACGGAGCUUGCGUUACGUCAUAUGUCAAGGGCAUUGCUAUUAUUGAGCUUGUCCUCUGGACCCGAUCAUCCUGAUGUUGCUGCAACUUUCAUAAAUGUUGCAAUGAUGUAUCAAGAUAUUGGAAAGAUGGAUACAGCUCUUCGAUACCUGCAAGAAGCUCUGAAGAAGAAUGAGAGGUUGCUAGGGGAGGAGCAUAUUCAAACUGCUGUUUGUUAUCAUGCUCUUGCUAUUGCUUUCAAUUGUAUGGGUGCCUAUAAACUUUCUCACCAGCAUGAAAAAAGAACUUACGAUAUACUUGUCAAACAACUUGGGGAAGAGGAUUCAAGGACACGCGACUCACAAAACUGGAUGAAGACAUUCAAGAUGCGUGAGCUUCAGAUGAAUGCACAGAAACAGAAGGGGCAAACGCUUGAUGCCGCUGCUGCUCGAAAAGCAGUUGAUAUUUUGAAGGGAUUGCAAGCUGCUGCAGCAGCUGGAGGAUCUCGGAGUUCGGCUGCUUCCGUGAACAAAUCUUUAAAUGCAGCUAUAAUGGGGGAAGGCGCUCGGGGUAGAGGAGGUGAUGAAAGAAGAGCUCGUGCCACAGCUUCAGUUAGGAAGAAAGCUGAUGCUAGGAGACAGUUGACACAUUCCAUGCUAGGAGACAAUCAACUCCUGAACCUUAGAAGUUCAGGGCUUGUUCCCAAGUCGAAUGAUGGCGAAGUGGACAGACAAAAAAGUCAAAUUCCACCUGCAGUUGGGCCUGAAGAUUCAGUAGAGGAGAAUGUUCAAGGACUGCCAAAUCAGGCCCCUGUUGGUCUAGGUAAAGGUUUAGCUUCAUUGGAUUCCAAAAAACAGAAGGCAAAACCAACGUCAAGUUAAGUUAGAACGUGUAUUGUUCUUGUCUUAAGAGUACUGAACUUCCUGCAUUGCGAAACGUGAAGAUGUCUAUUUGUUCAGACUUCUUGUCCAAUAUUCCUUUUUGUCAUGAUCCUGUUGAUUAGGAUCGUAUUCAUUGGAAAAUAGUUGCUGCUAGGUUUAUGGCGAUUUUGAUGUAGUUUAGUUUUAGGUUUCGCGCUUUUGAAAUAAAUUGUACUUGUUGAAGGGAUGCUACAUUUACAUAGCCAAACAGUAGAAUCAUGAGUGUUGUUAGACAAGGGUUCGGCCAAUGCUUGUGAACUCUUAACGUUGAAAAAGUAUAUGGAUUGCUCAUCCUUUAAGGGUAUGAUGUACACAA